AUGGAUAAUUUUAGAAAAUCAAUAUUAUGUUCAGCAUUAAACAACACCGUUUUUCUUCCUUCUCGUGGUGAUAAUUCCUUCACGUCAUCAACAAAUAAAAGAAUUAACGAGGAAUCUUCUGAUCUGAAUCCACCACUCAAAAUUUAUCUUCAUAUGGAAACAGAUUCCCAAUUCGCACAUUCUUUAAUUGAAUUACAACAUGUUAUUCGUCACCCAAAAUAUAAAAUUAGCAGUGAUGAUAAUAGUGGCAAUAACUUCUCUAACAAUACUCGUAGUAGUUGUAAAUCUGGUGCGCCCGCGAAUACUUUUAAUGAUGGUUCAUUUAUAUUGGUACCGGUACCAGCAGUGUUUGUAUUUGUAGAUGUUGAUCCAUUACUAUAUCAAUUCUCAAAAGUCGAUGUCGAUCUUAUCAAAAAACGUAGCUUGAGUCUUUGUGGUACUGAUGAAAGUCAUGCGGUUCAAUGA